AUGUUAGAACAUCGAAGGAGUGCACGGACAGAGGACUUCGCGGGCAACGGUUCGACGACCACCACGAACGGCGAUCUGAAGUACACAGACCCCUUAGCCAACGCCACGGCGUGUGCGCGAGACAUUCCGUAUCUUGUGGCCCUCCGGACCAACACCAUUCGUACUUAUGCGAUCGACCCCACGCAAGAUCACACGAAAUGCAUGCAGCUGCUCUCGGACGCGGGCAUAUACGUUAUCUCAGAUCUUGGUGAGCCUGCAAACUCUAUCAACCGUGACACCCCCGAAUGGAACGCAGAGCUAUAUGCCCGCUACACGGCAGUGGUGGAUAAUAUGGCCAAGUUCAAUAACUUGCUAGGCUUCUUCGCCGGCAAUGAAGUCUCGAAUGCUCCAAACAAUACCAUAGCAAGCGCAUUCGUGAAGGCUGCCGUCCGGGACACGAAGGCAUAUAUUGCACAGAAGAAAUAUAGGCCUAUUGGAGUCGGCUAUGCUACCAAUGAUGAUGAAACCAGGACGAAUUUAGCCAAUUAUUUCAAUUGCGGGCCAGCUUCAGAUAGCAUUGAUUUCUGGGGUUACAACAUUUAUUCAUGGUGUGGUGAGUCUAAUUAUCAGGAUUCCCACUACGAAGAGCGCACACAAGAAUUUUCCACUUAUGAUGUCCCGGCCUUCUUCGCUGAGUAUGGCUGUAACAAGGUAAAUCCUCGCCCUUUUGACGAGGUAGGAACUCUAUUCGGGCGCGACAUGGCCCAAGUCUGGUCGGGCGGGAUUGUCUACAUGUAUUUCGAGGAAGCCAAUCAUUUUGGUCUUGUCUCCGUCAGCCCGGACGAUACAGUCUCUGCUAAGGAUGAUUUCACAUCGCUGUCCAGCCAAAUGGCCAAAGUGACGCCUUCUGGGCCUAGCUUAGCCUCCUACUCGCCUACCAACUCCCCUCAGGCCUGCCCUACGAUUGGGAGUAAUUGGGAGGCUGUUACCAAGCUCCCUCCCUCUCCCAAUACUGCCAGCUGCGACUGCAUGGUUUCUAAUCUUACCUGUGUUGCCAAAUCUGGGAUCUCCGACGAGGACAUCCAGACCCAGUUCGACUUCCUCUGCGACCCACGCCAGGGCAACAAUUGCGGUGGGGUCUUGGCUAAUGCAUCAACUGGAGUCUAUGGCGCGUGGAGUAUGUGCAGCGCCUCCCAACGUCUGAGUUGGGCCUUCAACCAUUAUUACGAGAAUCAAACCGCAACAAAUUCACAAAACUCUAAUCCAUGUGACUUCAAGGGUGCUGCACAGAAGGUCACCCCUAAGCCAGCUGGGUCUUGCAAGGCCGUAAUCAGCCAAGCUGGUGCUGCCGGGACCGGAGCUGUUACCAACGCGCCUACAGCUACUGCCGGGGGAAGCAGCGGUUCGGGAAGCACGAGCUCGAGCUCUGGUGCAGCCGGUGCUGUCUCCAUCCCCUCUAUCGAUUUCACGCUCGUAAAAUUAGGUGCUUACAUGACUCUUGCAAUGAUAGUUGGGGUGGCAAUGGUGUUGCUAUGA